CCCACUCUCUCACCUGCGCAGUUCGGAGCUGCCAUGGGUCUCUCGCCUGGAUAUACUAUCCUAAUUAUUCUGCCGGCCUUUCUGCUGCACACCAGCGGCCUUUACAUCGCCAGUAGCGUUGACUCCCUGCAGCAUGUCCUGGGGGAGUAUGGACUGGUGAGGCCAAUCAGUGUGGACGCAGAGGGCCGCUUCCUGUCACACGCUGUCUCGGCCGGCCGCACGGCAGGAGGGCAGUCCCGUAGGCGCCGGAGGAGAGAGGCUGAAGCAGGAGCGAGGAACGACGAGUGGGAAGGACGGGGCGGUGUUGGGCAAGAUGAGGAGCGAGCGGCUCUUCGGGACAGGCUUUACUACAAUGUCACCGUCUUCGGCCGGGAAUUCCACCUGCGCCUGCGCCACAACGCCAGGCUGGUGGCCCCCGGAGCCAAGAUGGAGUGGCAUGAUGACAAUGACAGCAUCCGGCGCUUGGACCCACUGCAUGACGACUGCCUCUUUGUGGGCGAUGUCACCGACGCGCCAGGAGCCACUGUGGCUAUCAGCAACUGUGACGGCCUGGCUGGCAUGAUCAGAACGGAGAGGGAGGAGUUUUUCAUCGAGCCGGUGGAGAGGGGCGACGAGAUGAUCGAGCAGGAGGAGGGAGGAGGAGGGAGGACGCACAUCGUCUACCGCUCCUCAGCCGUAAAGAAAGCGCCCGUCAGCAGCUCGGCGGCAGACCACUCCAGAGGUGCAGACCUGGGCGGUCUGAUGGACCUGGAGACUUUGUACCGCGGUGUGGAGCAGAGCAUCAACCAGACCCGAGCGGGACGCGCCCGCCGGCAGAGCCCCGAGCGGGCCUACAACAUCGAGGUGCUGCUUGGCGUCGACGACUCGGUGGUCCAAUUCCACGGCAAGGAGCACGUGCAGAAGUACCUGCUCACGCUCAUGAACAUUGUGAAUGAGAUCUACCACGACCAGUCGCUGGGAGCCAGGAUCAACGUGGUGCUGGUGCGAAUCAUCAUGCUGGGCUACGGCAAGUCGAUGAGUCUGAUAGAGCUUGGGAACCCAUCUCAGAGUCUGGAAAAUGUGUGCCGCUGGGCCUUCCUGCAGCAAAAGCAGGACACAGGAGACGCCGAGUAUCACGACCACGCCAUCUUCCUCACGCGACAGGAGUUUGGCCCUACCGGCAUGCAGGGUUACGCCCCAGUCACAGGUAUGUGCCAUCCGGUGAGGAGCUGCACUUUGAACCACGAGGACGGUUUCUCCUCUGCCUUUGUGGUGGCACAUGAGACUGGACAUGUGCUGGGGAUGGAGCAUGAUGGCCAGGGGAACCGCUGUGGAGACGAGGUGCACAUGGGGAGCAUCAUGGCCCCGCUGGUGCAAGCUGCUUUCCACCGCUUUCACUGGUCCAGAUGUAGCAUGCAAGAGCUGGAACGCUACCUCCACUCGUACGAUUGCCUCCGUGACGACCCUUUUGACCACAACUGGCCAUCGCUGCCUCAGCUCCCCGGUCUGCACUACUCCAUGAACGAACAGUGCCGCUUUGACUUCGGUGUGGGUUACACCAUGUGCACCGCGUACCGCACCUUUGACCCAUGCAAGCAGCUGUGGUGUAGCCACCCAGACAACCCCUUCUUCUGCAAGACCAAGAAAGGACCGCCCAUUGAUGGCACCAUGUGUGGAAACGGAAAGCACUGCUUUAAAGGUCACUGCAUAUGGUUGACCCCUGACAUCAUCAAGCAGGAUGGAAACUGGGGUUCCUGGAGCCAGUAUGGCCAGUGCACCCACGCUUGUGGCAGAGGAGUACAAUUUCGCACACGUGAAUGUGACAGUCCUAGACCAGCCAAUGGAGGGCGUACCUGCAUGGGGGCAACUUCGCAGUUCCAGACGUGCAUUAACAAGGAGUGCGAGGAUAUCGACACCGACUCGCGGGAGGAACAGUGCCACUCACGGGACUCGCACUUUGAGUUCCACAACAACAUGCACCACUGGCUGCCUUAUGAACACCCAGAUCCUAACAAACGCUGCCACCUGCACUGCCGGUCCAAGGAAACGGGACAGGUGGCCUACAUGCAGAAGUUCGUCCUGGACGGCACGCUCUGCUCGUACAAGGACCCUUACAGUGUCUGUGUGCACGGCGAGUGUGAGAAAGUGGGCUGUGACGGUGUGGUCGGCUCCUCCAAGCAGGAGGACAAGUGUGGAGUGUGUGGAGGAGACAAUUCUAGCUGCGAAACCUUCAAAGACACCAUCACUCGUAUUGCCAAGAAACAAGGUUUCCUCAGAGUUCUUGAAAUCCCCAGAGGAGCGAGGCAUUUGCUGAUCCAAGAGCUGAAAGCGACCUCACACGUUUUAGUGGUGAAAAACCUGGCUUCAGGACAGUUCUUCUUGAAUGGGGAGAAUGAAUACCCAGAAUCCCGCUCGGUAAUAGAGAAGGGCGUGGAGUGGGAAUAUGAGAACGACAAUGACAAGGAGACACUUCAGACCACCGGCCCUCUCAAACAUGGAGUUCUGAUCAUGGUGCAAUUACAUGGAGAUGAGGAUGUGAACUUGUCCUAUAAGUACAUGAUGAACACGGACAGCGACUCUGCUAUCCAGGACAACAUGCUGGUGGAGGACAGUGCCUACGAGUGGGCCCCCAAGAAAUGGUCCGCCUGCUCCAGACCCUGCGGGGGAGGGAAGCAGUACCUGCGAUAUGGCUGCAGAAGAAGAGUAGACAGUAAAAUGGUCCACAAGAGCUUCUGUAACAAGUCCAACAUGAAACCUCGAGGAGACACUAGAGACUGCAACCAGAAAGCCUGCCCUCCGCCCAUCUGGGUGACAGGCGAGUGGCAGAACUGCAGUAAACCAUGCGGGAAGACAGGUCAGCAGAUCCGCUCGGUCAGCUGUGUCCAGCCCUCGGACGACAACACCACGCGCUCCAUCCACAGUAAACACUGCAACGACAACCGGCCCGAGGCGCGCAGGCCCUGCAACCGACACCCCUGUCCUGCUCAGUGGAGAGUGGGACCCUGGUCACAGUGCUCAGUGACAUGUGGUAAUGGGACCCAGCAGCGGCAGGCUCUGUGCCACACCAGGGACAACAUCAUUGGUCUGUGUCUGGACAGCAAGCCUGACACCAUCCGAGUCUGUCAUAUGGAUCCGUGUCCCAAGGGCUCGUCAGACCUCAACAAGAACGGCAACAUCCUGAUCCAGUGGCUGUCUCGUCCCAAUCCCAACUUCCCGAUCCAGAAGAUUUCCUCACGCCAGCGUUGUCAUGGAGACCGGUCGGUGUUCUGUCGUAUGGAGGUGCUGAAGCGCUACUGCUCUCUGGUGGGCUUCCAACGCAUAUGCUGCAAGUCCUGCAGCAAUGUCAGCAUCAUAGACCUUGUGCCCAACUCCACCUUCAGCUCCGACCCCAUCAGCUCCAUCCAGUCCAGUGUUACAACCCAUCCGCCCACCACCAACCUCAACUCUGGCUUCACCACCACCCAGCCCACCACAGCUGUCAUCACCACCAUUUCACCCGCUGCCACCGAUCCCUGGACCACCACUCAUCCACCCAUCCCCACCACCCCUACCCCUCCCUCCACCCCUUUCCAGAUCAGUACUACAGAAAGGAUCAUCACUCAUCCACCACCAGCUACCAGUGCUCUUGUCAUCUCUACUCCCUUUUCCACAGUAACCAUCCCAGUUACUACCACCAGUCCCAGUCUGACCACUCAUCCCCUGCCUCUGCCUCCCCCAGAAAUAAAAGAUGACAACACAGACCCACAGCUACACAACACCACAUAUGCUCCAACUGCGCCAACUGACAGAAACACCACAGACACUCAGGCAAAGACCGAUCUGAUAACAACAAAUCUGGCAAGAAACAGUACCGAAAAGGAUAACCCAUUCAAAUCCAAACCCAAAAAGGAUAUUUCACCAAAGAAUACUCCUAAAAAGGUGAUUCCGGCAAAGAUUAAUCCAAAAAAGAAUACUCCACCAAAAAAUGCUACCAAAAAAGACAUUCCACCGAAGACCACUCCUAAAAAGUCUACUCCACUGAAGACAGCUACCAAAAAGACUACACCUCCUAAAAACACAGCUCCAAAAAAGACUACACCUCUCAAAAACACAGCUCCCAAAAAGACUACACCUCCCAAAAACACAGCUCCCAAAAAGACUACACCUCCCAAAAACACAGCUCCCAAAAAGACUACACCUCCCAAAAACACAGCACCCAAAAAGACUACUGCCCUAAAGACAACUCCCAAAAAGACUACAACCAACCAAAAAGCUACUCCUGUGAAAACAACUCCCAAAAAGACUGCAACUCCCAAAAAGAUUGCUCCUGUAAAAACAACUCCUAAAAAGAAUACUCCGGUAAAGACUACUCCCAUAAAGGAUAUUCCACCGAAAGCCAACCCUAAAAAAAAUACAAAGCCAAACACAAAACUUACAAAAGGCACUCAACCAAGCCCCAACCCCAAAAAGGACACAAAAGCAGGGCCCAGAAAUACCACAAAUACACAGAAUAUUAAAGGCAAGACCAAUCUACAAAAGACAAAUCCCAAAAAGAAAACUUUGACAACAACUCCCUCAUACUACACUACAGCCCCCACUCACUACACAGUCUGGGAACAAUCGAGAGAGUACCCCUCUGUCACUGCCUCCUCUCAAACUAGCAUAUACCCAAUGACUCCAAGCGUGCCCUUCCUUGAAUCAGUAAUCAAUGUCACAUACAUCAGCGAUGAUGCAGUCACGACAAGUGAAGCUCCAGAGUGGCACUAUGACAACACAGAUCCUCUAGCCUCAACUCCCGGCACAUUCACUUUUGAUGAUACCAUAACGCCCACAGGAAAAAUUUACUUUGAUGAUAUCACAAUGCCCAGUGGAACUAUGCCAUACAGUGAUGUCACAGUGGCCAGCAGUGGCGAUGCCACAGUAAGCAGUGGGACCAUACUCAGUGGUGAUGACAGUACAGUGCCCUAUGACAUCGUGGCAGUGACCAGUGGAACCAUGGUGCUGGAUGAUGACCUCACCAUGAUGAUUCCUACCAUCAACAAUGACGACGUGACAGAUCUCAUUGCCUCGUCCUGGCUGGACCUGCCUGAGUACAUCCCUGUCAGUGUGACCAUUUCCACGACCCCAGACCCAGCCACUACCCAACCCCCAACUACCAUUGCCCCGUUUACAGAGACAACCACUGCUUCACCAACAAGGCCUCAGAGUGGAGCUGAGGACACCGGUGAAAACAACUCCAUUGACAUCUCAUACAGCAGGAUCAUUGGUGUGGACAGUGACAUCUCUCAGAACAACCUGAUCCCAAGGCACCGGAUCAACUUCCGGGAGAGAACCAAGAACAAACGCAUUCAGGAGCUUCUGGAGGAGAAGCGGAACUUUCUCCUCAGGAUGAAGAGAGGCCAGGCUGCAUGAUAAACCAAGCCUUCUCAUUUCUCUUAUAGAGAUGAACGUCUUCUUAAUAGACUUGUUUAAACCCUGUUUAAACCCCAAUGAGCUGCCAUGAUGCUUUCAAUCAGCCUUUCCAGAAAAAGACACAAACUCUCUGUCAUAUCAAUAACAUGGCAAUCAAGACUCUUGCAGUGAGAGAAAAUCAUGGCCAAAUGUUUGUACAGUUGCUUUGAAUCAAGAAAGCCCCUUUGGAGUACAGACUUAAACGGUUGCAGAUUUGAAGCAAAUCGUCUCGCCUGUGUAAGCACAAUAGUGAUAACAGAUGUGAUGGAAACCAUACAUCCAAUUUGACCAGCACUUUACAAAGCUAAGUAAGCUUUUAUCCCUCCAAACCAACCACAAUCUUUUUUGAGAAUGUGGGACAUAUAGCAACAAUGAUGAUUUAAUGAUUUGAAGAUCAAAUUUAAUUUGGUUUCUGAAACGGCAUUAUCCCUUUCAGCACUUAUGGAUCAAAAAAUCUUCCUCCCAACCCAUUAUUAUAUCACUGCCCAGGACUGCAGCUCAUUCCCCAAUCAGAUAUGAAUACCUCUCAGCCCCCUAAUAACAGACAGACAAGUUGGACAUGUAUACGCUCCCUGUCGAUGCCCAGCAUGCUGAAUCAGGGUACCGUACACACAGCAAAGUGGAGGUUUCAGAGGUUUGAAAGCAAUGUGGUAAUGCCAUAAAAUGAUAAUGCCAAGAUGUGCUUUGGCUGUAAUUUAACUCUGGAAGCUUAGAUUGCUUAAGCUGUUUCCUUGUCUGCAGCAAACUGUUGUCUGACUGCACAGGAUCUGUUGUCUCUCAGGAAGUUAUGACAUCUGGGCGACUUUUGAGGGACAUUGCUAAACACUUGGUGCUUGUUUGAUUUUGAUAAUGGCAUAAAUGACACAAGCUGUUUUGAUAUUUCAUGAAGCUAGGUAAAAAAAAAAAAAAACUAGAUUGAAGAGAAAAAUAAUUUUGAUAAAUCUCUCCUUUUAUAUAAGCAAAA